AUGGCCUCACUCUUGCAUUCAGGGGCUCUGUAUACACGUGUGGAGCUCUGGCGCCUAAUCAUAUGUGAAUCCUCCUUCGACGACCCCACGCCCACAGCGAGCAGCCGAAACAUAAAAACAACAUCAGAAGAGGUCGAUCUCGAACAUGGCUCCAGUGAAGCAGACACCAAAGACCCAGAAAUUCCCCGAGACCCCAACAUCGUCGACUGGGAUGGGCCCGACGAUCCAGAAAACCCACUAAACUGGACAUCGAAGAAAAAGUUCGGCGCGACAAUGUCCAUUGCACUAAUAACUCUCCUCACACCCCUGGGAUCAUCGAUGUUCGCUCCCGGCGUACCGAAACUAGUCCAAGAAUUCACCGUGACAAGCACCGAGCUGUCGUCGUUCGUGGUAUCGGUAUACCUGGUAGGAUACUGUUUCGGUCCUUUGCUCAUUGCGCCUCUAUCGGAGAUGUACGGCCGGCAAUACAUAUACCAUGUUUGCAAUAUUCUCUACGUGAUUUGGACAGUUUGCUGCGCCGUCGCGCCGGAAAUAGGAAGUCUGAUUGUGUUUCGAUUCCUGGCCGGGUUCGCUGGCAGCUGUCCGCUGACGAUCGGUGCUGGAUCCAUAGCAGACAUGUAUGUCCAGGAAAAGAGAGGGGGCGCAAUGGCAGUUUGGGCCAUUGGACCACUGAUAGGACCCGUCAUUGGUCCAAUUGCUGGUGCAUACAUCACGCAGGCAAAGGGCUGGAGAUGGAGCUUCUACGUCCUGGCAAUGGCAAGCGGCGCCAUUGCCAUCAGCUCAUUGUUCACCAUCCGCGAGUCGUACGCGCCUACGCUUCUAGCACGAAAGGCCAAGAAACUCCGCCAGGAGACAGGGAAUGCGAAUCUGCGCUCUGCGCUCGAAUCAAACCGCACGACAAAAGAGCUCUUCCUUCUCUCCAUCGUCCGACCGGCUAAAAUGCUAUUCCUCUCACCAAUCGUAUUCCUCCUAUCUCUUUACGUGGGCUUAGUCUACGGAUACCUCUACCUUCUCUUCACGACCAUCACGACCGUCUUCGCAAAUACCUACGGCUUCAACCAAGGAAGCGUAGGACUAUCAUACCUCGGUAUUGGAAUCGGCUCAAUAAUCGGCUUAAUCCUUCUAGGCGCAACAUCCGACAAACUGCUAACCUAUCUAUCUGCCAAGAAUGGCGGAGAGAAGAAACCAGAGUAUCGUCUACCUCCUAUGAUUCCAGGCUCAUUGUUCGUUCCAAUUUCGCUGUUCAUGUAUGGCUGGACAGCGUACUACCAUACUCAUUGGAUUGUGCCGAUUAUCGGGACUUCGUUCCUCGGUCUUGGGAUGCUGAUUACUUUCAUGGUCGUUAGCACAUACUUGGUAGAUGUGUUUACGGUCUAUGCUGCCUCUGCAAUGGCGGCGAAUACGGUUUUUAGAUCUCUGGCCGGUGCCCUGCUUCCCCUUGCUGGGCCGAAAAUGUAUGCGGCGCUUGGGUUGGGGUGGGGGAAUUCGCUGCUUGGGUUCAUUGCGUUGGCGUUCUGUGUGCUGCCCGUUCUCUUUUGGGUGUAUGGGGAACGUAUACGCACUAGUCCGCGAUUCCAAGUUCAGCUUUGA